GAUAUUUUGCAAUGCCUCUCUUCUCAUUUUGUCAACGUAAUUAUUAAAACAAUCUGCCAAAAAGUCAGUUUGUUGUAGUUCCUUUAUUUUCCCUUCAAUUAAAGGGAUGUGGUAAAAAGUGUAGAAAUCUUUUCAUUAAAAUAAACGGCUGUACAAGGCUGCACUUGAAUUGACGUGUGAGUGAUUACGUAGCCUAGUGGACAAAAAUGCGGAAUAGUUUACAAAACGCCUCAAGCAGACAUGUCCUGGCUGUUUUAACAUUAUGCAUACUGUGGUAUGUGAUCUCCUCCAGCAACAAUGUCAUCGGGAAAAUGGUAUUGAACGAGUUCCCGUUCCCCAUGACGGUGACAAUGGUGCAACUGUGUAGUAUAGCCUUGUAUAGUGGACCGUUCUUCAAUCUUUGGCGUAUACGGAAGUACCAAAACAUUUCUAGAGGUUACUAUUGGCGAUUGAUUAUUCCACUAGCAUUGGGAAAGUUUCUUGCAUCGGUGACAUCACAUAUUUCGCUAUGGAAAGUGCCCGUUUCCUACGCUCACACGGUUAAAGCGACUAUGCCGCUGUUUACUGUAAUCUUGACACGUUUGCUGUUUCGUGAGAAGCAACCCACUCUUGUGUACCUCAGCUUGGUGCCAAUUAUAACAGGUGUUGCAAUAGCUACCUUAACCGAGAUUUCAUUCGACAUGGUUGGCUUGAUAAGUGCGCUCAUAUCGACGAUGGGCUUUUCACUGCAGAAUAUCUUCUCUAAAAAGGUCCUCAAGGAUACCGGCAUGCAUCAUCUGCGUCUUCUACAGUUGUUGGGUAAAUUGGCGUUGAUUAUGUUCUUGCCAAUUUGGAUAUUUGUGGACAGCUUUAAAGUUAUACAACAUCCAGCUAUUACCAACUUCGAUUAUAGGGUGAUUGCGUUGCUAUUCACUGAUGGCGUUUUGAAUUGGUUACAGAAUGUUAUAGCUUUUAAUGUGCUCUCAUUAGUUACACCACUGACUUAUGCGGUUGCGAGCGCCUCAAAACGAAUUUUUGUGAUAGCCGUGUCGCUGUUUAUUCUAGGCAAUCCCGUUACGUGGUUAAACUGCUUGGGCAUGACUUUAGCAAUAUGCGGCGUAUUGUGUUAUAAUCGGGCUAAGCAAGUGUCACGAAAGGCUGAGACGGUAUUACCGCUAACGCAAAAUCAUCGCAUUAAAUACGAACCACUCAAAGGAAAUUUUGACCCUUAUUAUCAGGGUGCAACGUCGAGUAACCUAAAUGGUUUCGCCAACAAGCGUGCUGAAAAACCAUACACAAAUACUAAUACAGUACCAACAAAUAGUUUGCUGUCGAAUGGGAAUAUGUUUCCAAAUGGCAGUGCGACGACGACACGUUUACUUUUUGUUUAAUUUAAAAGAAAAAAUAUAUUUGUUUAGUAGUUGUAAGAGACAAAGCCGUUAGGUAAAGCUUAGGUAGAUAGAUAAUAUUUUUUGUUGACGCAUAUUAAGAAAGAAACCGAUAUUAAGCAAAUUGUUCAGCUGUGUAAAUAUAAUAUUUUUUUACAACUAAAUUCAGGAAAAUAAAGUCUCGGAGUAGACGUAAAAUCAUUGUAUGCGUAUGUAAUACAAUAAUAAUUAACUAUAUGUAUAUAAAUAAUAACUUUUCCCAGCGAGAUUUAUAGCAUGUAAAUGUAAAUGAAAUGUGUCUGUAAAACAGGGCUAAUUUGUAUGAAUUUAUACUAACAUUAUUUUUCGUUAGCAAAUUGUAUGUGCAAGUAUUACAAAAAAAAAAACAAAA